AUGUCAGUCCUUGGUGGUCCAUGGAACCCCGACAGUGAGAGACUGUCACAUUUGGCGCCCAAUGCGCGCUCGCAGCAAGCAGCCAACAGCAGUGCCGGCUCCUGCAGGUGUUGGCGGACCAGGUGGGAAGUUGUUGAAGAUGAUGAUGAUGAAGAUAGUAAAAAGGAAGAUAAUUAUGAUGAUGGUAAAGAUGAUGAUGAUGAUGAAGAAGUUGAUGUUGAUGAAGAAGAACAAGAAGAAGGAGACCUAGAAAAAGAAGAAGUAAAAGAAGAAGAAGGACAAGAUGAAGACAGACAAGAAAAAGAAGACGAAGAAGGACAAGAAGACAAAGAAGAAGGACAAGAAGACAAAGAAGAAGGAAAAGAGAAAGAAGAAGACAAAGAAGAUGAAGAGGAAGAAAAAGAACAGGUGAAAAAAGAGGAGAAGACCGGGGGCACAGGUGGUCGUGGCCGUCUUCACUUCCCGCUCCCUCAAAAAGGGCGUAGGGGAGUAGACUCAGCCGGUCGGAGUCCCGGCUUGCGUCUGGCGGUGGAGGACUGUGGGGAGGCGUGGCCGGCAGACCGACAGCGAGGCGGGGCACGCCGGGGCCGACCCCGAGAUGGCUGCGAGGAGGCGUGGCCGGCGGGCAAGUGGCGAGGUGGGGCGCGCCGGGAUCGACGCCGAGAUAGAUGUCAGGUGCGUGGAUCGACUGAGUAUUAUUGAAAAAAAAAAAAACAAAGUCGAAUCUGCUCGAAGUCAUGUCAGUACUUGGUGGUCCAUGGAACCCCGACAGUGAGAGACUGUCACAGGUGCCUUCACAGAUGUGUAAGUUACACAUGCCUUGGGCACUAAUACACCCCCAUACCAUCACACAUGCUGGCUUUUCAACUUUGCGCCUAUAACAAUCCAGAUGUUUAUUUUCCUCUUUGGUCCGGAGGACACGACGUCCACAGUUUCCAAAAACAAU